AUGGCACAGACAAAGCAGACUUGCAAAAAGACAACAGGAGGGUCUGCCAAGUGUGGUGUGCUACUAAAGUUCAAGAAGCUUAUGGGCCACGGUGGUAUUCAGGUUCUCAAAACCGUACAAUCUAAGGGAGCUUUACCAUUGGGUGAGAAGGCCGUGCUGAAGCCUUUGUACCAUAACAUCUUCUGCCUUUUUUGCUGGGAUGGAGGCUCUCUGUAUGAAUGCUCCAUAUGCCCACACGUAGUCUGUACAAAGUGUGUCGUUGUUCCGGUGGAGUUCCAAGAGCGUAUCAACGACCCCGAUGUUCACUUCAUGUGCCCUGGAUGCCAUGAGAUGCGUGGAAAGGGUUCCAGGGGUGGUCCCAUGAUGCCAUACUUUGGAUUUAAGGACUGUGAUGGAACCCCGGUGCUGAAGGUCCCCGCUACUAUUCAUGGUCAUAUAGAAAUGGCCAGUUGGUCGCAGAUAUGUAGCAAUCCCAUCCUUGUCUUGCACUUCAUCCUCACCAUCCUCGACCCUGCCGGAUCACCUGCGACCACAAUGCAACAUAAGCUACGACCAUAUAGGCCCAAUGAUGCCUUGCAAUUUCAUGAGAUUAUAUUUGAUAUUGGGAUGGAUGCAAAAGCUGACCUGCAUGUUGAGUCCAUGAAAGCACUCGUAGACUGCCUGAAACACCUGGAAUACAAGCAUGUUGAAAUUUUCAUCUACACUCAUUCAGAAACCGACCAGGGCGACAUAUGGGGUGGGUUUGAGGAUGACGAGUUUGUGGGAAAAGGGAGGAAUAGACUCGCAAUACCAGGCGAUCCUGUCGCAUACCCUGUGGACGAUGUGAGUUGGAUACCUCCCCUUCUUUAUGGCAUGUAA